AUGUCUGCUAUGGUUGAGAAAGAAGAGGCCGUCUUCCGUUCGGCGGAAAUGUCACUCGUUCAAUUGUAUAUUCCUCAAGAAAUUGCAAGAGAUGCCGUUUAUACUGUAGGUCAAUUGGGUAAUAUCCAGUUCCUUGAUUUGAAUAAGAAAGUCAGAACCUUCCAAAGAACCUAUGUUGAGGAUAUAAGAAGACUGGACAAUGUUGAGAGACAGUAUCGUUAUUUCUACAGUCUAUUACUAGAGCAUGACUUGAAACUAUACGAAACAGAAGAUGAUAGUUUGAGAUAUGCCUCAUUGCAAAACUCGCAAAAUGGUGAGUUGAAUAUUUUGACACCUCCGAAUAGUUCCAAGAUUGAUGACCAUGUGGAAAAUGCAAAGUUACUAGAAGAAAGAUUGUCUCAAAUGGAAUCGGCCACUGAUACUUUAAAACAACAAAAAUCCGAAUUAGAACAACAUAGAUAUGUCUUGCAAGCAGGUGAUAUUUUCUUUGAAGGACCUAUCUCGCACAGUUUGACUCAUGAUACUUCUGCUCAAACUCAACAAGCACACUUGCAACCAAAUUUCAUUACCGGUGUGAUUCCAAGAAAUAAAGUUUCUGUUCUGGAACAGAUUUUAUGGAGAGUGUUGAGAGGUAAUUUAUAUUUUAAACAAGUCGAACUAGACGAAGCUAUCUAUGAUGCUACAACAAAGAAGAAACAAGAUAUGAGUGCUUUCAUUGUGUUUUCUCCCGGUGAUUUGAUCGUUCAAAGGAUUAGAAAAAUUGCUGAAUCAUUGGAUGCUAAGUUAUAUGAAGUCUCUGAAUCUGCAGAACAAAGAUCGCAAAAAUUGAGUGAAAUUAACCAAAAUUUGGCAGAUUUGUACAACGUCUUAGACACAACAACAACCACAUUCGAAAGUGAAUUAUAUGCAAUCUCAAAAGAAUUAGACGUUUGGUUUCAGGAAGUUGAAAGAGAGAAAUUAGUAUUCCACACUCUAAACAAGUUCAACUAUGAUCAAAAUAGAAAAAUUUUAGUAGCAGAAGGUUGGGUUCCAAAGGAUGAACUAAACAUUUUACAAAAAGCAUUAAGCGAUAUGACAAAGAAUUUAGGUACCGAUGUUCCUUCUACUCUUGAAGUUUUGCAAACAAAUAGAACCCCACCAACUUACCACAGAACUAAUAAAUUUACAGAAGCCUUUCAAAACAUUUGUGACUGUUAUGGUAUUGCUCAAUAUAGAGAGAUCAAUGCAGGUUUACCAACUAUUGUCACUUUCCCAUUCAUGUUCGCCAUUAUGUUUGGUGAUUUAGGUCAUGGUUUUAUCAUGUUCUUAGCCGCUGCAGCUUUGGUUUUGAAUGAAAAAACAAUAGGUAAAAUGAAAAGAGGCGAAAUUUUUGAUAUGGCAUUUUCAGGAAGAUAUAUAUUACUGUUGAUGGGUUUAUUCUCUAUGUACACUGGUUUCUUAUACAAUGAUAUCUUCUCUAAGUCUAUGACUUUAUUUAAAUCCGGUUGGCAAUGGCCAAGUCACUGGGAGGAAGGUGAGACGAUUUUUGCAAAAAGUGUUGGAACAUACCCAAUUGGUUUAGAUUGGUCAUGGCAUGGUAGUGAAAAUGAAUUACUAUUUUCAAACUCUUAUAAAAUGAAGUUAUCCAUUUUGAUGGGUUUCAUUCACAUGACUUACUCAUAUAUGUUUUCAUUAGCAAACCAUUUGUACUUUGAUUCAUGGAUUGAUAUUGUUGGCAAUUUCCUUCCUGGUCUAUUAUUUAUGCAAGGUAUUUUUGGUUAUUUGUCUCUAUGUAUUGUUUACAAAUGGUCUGUUGAUUGGAUAAAGGAUGAUAAGGCUCCUCCAGGUUUAUUAAAUAUGCUCAUUAAUAUGUUUUUAGCACCAGGAUCAAUUGAUGACGAACUGUAUCCGCACCAAGCCAAAGUUCAAGUAUUUUUGCUUGCAGUUGCAUUGAUUUGUAUUCCAUGGUUAUUAAUUGCAAAACCUUUGCAUUUUAAACUUACUCACAAAGACCAUAUUGCAUUACCAACAGAUGAAGAAAAUUCUGGAUUACAAGUUUCAGAUGAUAUUAAUGAACUUCUAACUGAAGAAGGUGCUGAAGAUGAUGAUGAUGAAGGUCAUGGUCAUGGUCAAGAAGAGUUUAGUGACGUUGUAAUCCAUCAAGUCAUUCACACAAUCGAAUUUUGUUUGAACUGUGUUUCACACACCGCCUCUUAUUUACGUUUAUGGGCUUUAUCGUUGGCUCAUGCCCAAUUAUCAAGUGUUCUGUGGACUAUGACUAUUCAAAUUGCAUUUGGAACUCAUGGCGCUUUAGGUGUUUUUAUGACAAUCUUCCUAUUUGCUAUGUGGUUUGUUUUAACAUGUUGUGUUCUGGUGGUUAUGGAAGGUACCUCUGCUAUGUUACAUUCAUUACGUCUACAUUGGGUUGAAUCCAUGUCAAAGUUUUUUGUUGGUGAUGGUAUUUAUUAUGAGCCAUUUUUAUUCCAAUAUAUUGAUAUGGAAGAUUUUGCCGCUUCAGUUGUCUCUAGCAGUUCAAAUUAG